UUCUCCCUCCAAUACUCAGCAUAUAUUGCAAGCAAACGCACAAUAAAGUCCCAAGACAAGUAGUGUGGGGGGGAAUCGAUUGCGUUUCGCGGCCCCUUUUAUUUUGAAUCGCACACCAAACCCGCGAACCCUUUCCUGAAUCAGUGACGUGCUCGGCCGGCUCGCGAGGCUUCGAACGUCAUCACAUACGUCAUCAACUCUAGCCUCGAUACGCGCUUCAUAAAAAUCAUCCUCGAUUACUCGACACACGCUUCGAAGCCUCGACACGGGAGGACACAUCACUACUUGUAACAGAGUAUUUCUACUGUGCAGUAUUAGUACUCUCGUUUCCUCUUCGUCCUCCAGUCCAGCAGGGGGCGCUGCUGGCUCGAAGCUCGGAGUCUCUGUUUCCUUUCGCUGGCUGUCUGUGUCCGCUCAGAGACUCCGAGAGGAGGAACAUGUCCUCCGUGCAGCUGCUGCGGGUGUUGGUACAUGAGCGGAUCAACGCUGCCGCUGAAGACUUCCUGCUGCAGGUGGAGGAAGGAGGAGGAAAGGCUCGAGUCCCGGAGCUGAGAGCGAUGCUCACCGAGCGGCUCGCGGCUGCGGGGGAGCAGAUCCUCGCGGGGCUGGAGGAAACCUUGUUAGAGUCCGAGGAGCGAGUGGAGCGGACAGAGCGGUCCCAGCGGGAGGUCUGCCGCCAGAGGAGGCUGCUCGAUGCCGCGAUGCAGCCCGUAGUCCGGCUGCACAGAGCAGUGUGUCCUGCAGACGUCCAGCAACUGAUGGUGAUUAAAGAAGAGGUUCCCCCUGAGCCGCAGCACUGGAGCCCCCUUGUGGACCAGGAGGACCCAGAGCCCCCCCACAUUAAAGAGGAGCAGGAGGAACCGUGGACCAAUCAGGAUGGACAGCAGCUUCAAGGACUGGAGGAGGCUGACGUCAAGUUCACAUUGACUCCUGUCGCUGUGAAGAGUGAAGAAGAUGAAGAGAAACUUAAAUCGUCAAAGCUUCAUCCGAGUGAGACGAAGGAGAACAGAGCGGACUGUGGAGGACCAGAACCAGCCAGGAACUCAGGUCCUGAUGGACGUUUACAACCAGGUCCUGAGGACAAGACUGAAGACUCUUCUGAGACUGAAGUCAGUGAGGAUGAUUGGAUUGAGCCUCUAAGUGAUAUGGAUUGUAAGACAGAAAAAAAAAUGUUUUGUUGCUCUGAGUGUGGUAAAAGAUUUAACCAUAGGGGCAGUCUAAAUGCACAUAUGAGGGUUCAUACAGGAGAGAAACCGUUUAGUUGCUCUGAGUGUGGUAAACGAUUUCACCAGAGGGGUGAUCUAAAUAGACAUGAGAGGAGUCAUACAGGAGAGAAACCGUUCAGUUGCUCUGAGUGUGGUGAAAGAUUUAACCAAAGGGGCAAUCUGAAUAGACAUAAGAGGCUUCAUACAGGAGAGAAACCGUUUAGUUGCUCUGAGUGUGAUAAACGAUUUAGCCAUAGUUGCCAUCUAAAUACACAUAUGAGGAUUCAUACAGGAGAGAAACCGUUUAGUUGCUCUGAGUGUGGUAAAAGAUUUAACCAAAGGGGUGAUCUAAAUAUACAUAAGAGGAGUCAUACAGGAGAGAAACCGUUUAGUUGCUCUGAGUGUGGUAAAAGAUUUACCCGUAGGAGCCAUCUAAAUACACAUAUUAGGAGUCAUACUGGAGAGAAACCAUUUAGUUGCUCCAAGUGUGGUAAAAGAUUUAACCAAUGGGGCCAUCUAAGUGACCAUAUGAGGAUUCAUACAGGAGAGAAACAGUUAAGUUGAUCUGAGUGUGGUUAAAGAUGUAAGAUUCAGUCCUAUUGUACGAGACAUGUAAUCAAUCAAUCAAAUUUCAUUUGUAUAUCAUAGGGCUUUAACAUGGUGUGACAUCCAAUGUCCUUAACCCUCAGCAAGAGUGAGGAAAAACUACUAAAAACCCUUUUACAUGGUCAAAAUACGUAGAAACCUCAGAGAGAGCCACAUGUGACGGAUCCCUCUCCCAGGAUGGACAGAAGUGCAAUAGAUGCCACGUGUAGGAAAACAUCAAGAUUAAAGUUUUAUGCAACAUUGAAGAGGGUAAAUAUCUUGAAGAAUAACUUCAAUGAGCUGUGUCGAGCAGUCCAGCUGCAACCAUGGUCUAUGAUCAGCAACCAGCAGGAUCAUGAUCCACCAUCCAGGUCAGAUGCCAAUUUAGUCCACAGUCCUUGUCCACUGCCGCUUAUUAGGAUCUAUCAUGAGCCGCCGACCUCGGUCCAGGUCCACCACACGCAUUUGAUGCCAACGCGACACAGGAUCCGCCAUUACCACUUUUAUCAACCCACACGAUAUAGAAUCCGCCAUACUGGAUCCACCAUUGCGACCUCUGAUUCACGAUCCUCAAAUCGUAAUCCAGUACGGCCACAGAGGCCCUGGAUCUGCAGGCGAUUAAAGCAAAGGGAGUCCGGGGAAGGGGGGUAAGAAUGGAGAAGAGGAAGGAGUAGCUGGAAAGAGAGAUUAUUCCACAGCAGAGGGGCUUGAUGGCUAAAAGCUCUGGCUCCUACUCUACUUUUAGAGAAUUUAGGGACGACAAGUAGGCCUGAAUUCUGGGAGCGGAGUGCUCUAGUGGGUUGAUAAGGUACUAACACCUCUUUAAGGUAAAAAGGCGCUAUAUUAUUAAGGGCCUUGAAGGUGAGGAGGAGAAUUUAAAUUCUAUUCUAGAUUUAACUGGAAGCCAGUGUAGCGAUGCUAAUAUUGGAGAAAUGUGCUCUCUUCUCUUUGUUCUCGUCAGGACACGUGCUGCAGCAUUUUGGACAAGCUGUAGAGUCUUUAACGAUUUCCUGCUGGAGCCUGAUAAUAAUGAAUUACAAUAGUCCAGUCUUGAUGUAACUAAGGCGUGGACUAGUUUUUCUGCAUCUUUUUGCGAAAGGACAUGUCUGAUUUUUUAGAUAUUACACAAGUGGAAAAAGGCCAUCCUAGAAAUUAGUUUUAAGUGACUAUUAAAGGAUAAAUCAGGAUCGAAGAUCACUCCCAAGUUCCUGACUGUUUCGUUGGAAGCAAGGGCAAUGUCGUCUAGCGCAGCUAUAUCAUUAGAUAAUGCAUCUCUAAGGUGUUUGGGGCCAAGUAUUAUAACUUCUGUUUUAUCCGAGUUUAAUAAGAGAAAAUUGCGGGUCAUCCAGGUUUUUAUGUCCUUGAGACAUGCUCGAAGUUUAGUUAAUUGAUAACUUUGUUCAGGUUUUAUUGACAAGUAUAACUGGGUGUCAUCCGCACAGCAGGGGAAAUUUACAGAGUGUGUCCUGAGGAUUCAUAAGGAUUCAUAAAGGAGAGAAGUGAUUCAGUUUCAACCUUUGCAACAAAAGUUUUAGUAUGAUUUAUCAGCAGAUACUUAUAUUAUACUUUUCCAUAGUUCACUGUUUUAAAUAGACUAUUAACAGUUUGUUUGUCCCUAGAAAAUAUAACUCAUUGAAUAACACGAAAGAUUUGUGUUUAUAUAUCUUGUUUCUUCUGAUUUCUACCUAAUGUAUCUAUUUUUCAAGUCCUUCAUCUCAUUUUCAUGUUAAAGUGUGGACCUUGCACAGUAUGAACAUGUGUUCUUAACUAGUUCAUAUUAUUAAAUGUUUGUUUUAAAACAAUGAUUUCUUGUUUUGUGAAAUUCAGUGACAGUCUGUGUUCUCCUUUAUGUAUUGAAUGUGUUUCCAAGAAUAAA